GUACAUGGAUAUCUUCUGGAUGGUUAUGGAUCACCCAGAGACUAUGUUGGUGGACAGUGUGUCAUAUCUCACGGUGGUGGAAAAUCGGCAGUCAACCCCACCACGCACGGCGUGUCACUUCACGCUGAUCAGACCGUAACUGAUCGCGGGGUCUCCGCGCUGUUAAAGAAUAUAGAGCGACAAAUACCUCUGGUGUUGAUUAUCGGUGAUCGAUGUUCUGUGGCACCUGCAAAAGUCCCCGAAAGAUACUGCGUUUUGGGUUGGUUCAAAAUAUCCCACGCGUGGUGCGAACGAGACAUCACGAAUAGUGCUGGCCACAUCCGCUGGAAGUUUCGCUUUGAGAAUCUUGGAGAACAUAAGCCUUGGUGGAUCCCUGAGACA